ACCUCCGCUCUGACUCUCGGAUUUCGGCAUCAAAUACUGCAGCUUCACGCCCUCGAUGUAUAUCUAUAGGAGAGCGGGGGACUAGGCUCGUAAACGGCAAUGUAAAGAUACGAGAAGCGAGAAGUGAGAAUGAAUAAGAGAGCAGGCAGGCAGUUAGUGUGUAUGUGUGCGACGGUACUUACAUUACAAUCAAAAAGAGGAUUAAAUUCACGCCGUGGGAAAGUUUCAAGUUGAAUCGAGGGGACUCUCGACAAAAAUUGCUCGUGCCUCUUUUUGCCCGCUUCGCUCUAAUCGCAUAUCCAGAGGAAGCAACGUUUUCGCAAAAUGAGAAGAAUUAAUAAAAUAAAUUAGAAAAGUUGACAAUAAGUCUUAUUUUUUUUAUUAGUCAUGUGCUGAUGCCGAAUUUCGUCAUGUUAAGUGAGAGCAGCGCCCCUAGCGGAUUUGCAGGUGAACCCUCCACGAUCCCCCUUUUGGCCGUUUGAAUGUUAAUAAGUGUCACGCGCCAAAUUGCACCAGAAAAUCAUCGGAUAUUGGAGUAGCUCUAAAUAAAAUUCCGAAAGAUUCUGAUAUUAGAAAACAAUGGGUCUAGAGCUGUAACCUAACCAAAACAGUUGGGGAGCAAAACAGUUAUCUGCAGCUGUGAUCGCUUAAAAAAAAAGGAAUAUUUUUCAAGUGUUCGGAGGAUCAUGGAAGCUUCACCUGCAAAUCCAGUAGAUGGCGUUGCUCUCGCUUAACAUGACGAGUUUUUUUCUCAUGAUUAUAAAUGUGACCUAUACUCUACUAUCUCAAAAAAGCGAAACAGCCUUAUCUUUCGUUGUGCAAGACGUUUCUGGUGAAAUACAUCAAGAAGUAGUGAGAGUUGCUUUUAGUUCGAAUUUCAAGAAAAUAGUUUAGCGGAACUUAUAAACUUUAGCAGUACAGAAAAUCAAGAUAUUGAAAGUAACAAAGGCAAACCAUCUGAAAUAAUGUUCUCAAUCCGCAGACUUUUGGCAAGCUUAGCUCUGCUCUGCACUUGGAGUGUUUUUAUAUUAGCCCAAGAUUCAGCUAUAAGAACAUUUUCAAACAAACUGACACUUGAAAUGAAAAACGUAUCCUCGACACAUUAUGAUGAAAAUAUGGAAAGCAAAUUGAAUAAUCAGAAAUAUCGAGACUAUUUAUUGUAUUCCGAGUGUAGCGACCAGAAACUAGAUUCAAAUUUUAAAUCAUGCAAUGUGACAGCGCGAAGCUGGCCUCUACCUCGCAUCAGCGUUUUGGCUGACCUCGUUAUCAUCAUCUGGUUGUAAAGCCUCAUCAUGAUUAUGAGUUUAAUAUAAAUAUUCUCAACAUGGAAAAUUGUUCAAACGUGGCCAACAUUCCAUUUACAUUGAAAGUAGAAGACGAGUACUACGUGUUUUGGUUUUUAACACAGUUCGAUGAAACUUUCGAAAUCGUGGAUAAAAAUAAAACACACUGCAAGGGUGUGUCAUCUUGUAAGAGAAUUUACGACUUUAACGGUAACGAAAUUGGUGAUCCUAAACCAUUCAAAAUUCAAAAUAAUGCAACUUAUUAUCCAGUGUCUCGCGAAUCAUCAGACAAAGGUUAUUAUGCGUUACUUAGGAAAGUAGCACAAUCACGGAAGCUUGAAAUUCAAUUAAUCUACGAAGUGCAACGUGUAGAUGCAUCCGGCAAUAGCAGAAAACUCUUGACUAUGCCACAAGAAUACGAUUUUAGAGUCUUCACAUUUCCCGACGACAUGGCCGUAGAUGUACGUAAUGAGCUUUGCACUAUCUGUGGUAGACAUUUUAAUGAUUCUAGAGAUCUUUGCUGUCUCCAGUUCGAUACUCAGGGUAUGAAAUUAAACGUAACUAUGGAGAUGCCAACGUAUGGCAAAAAACUCGCCAUUUAUAACUUAACUGGUGGAGGUAUAUUAGUGGUUUUUGGAUUUUGUUAUAAAGUUGACAACAUAGUGAUAACCUCGUGGUUAGAGAUCGUUAAGUGCAGUGAGUUCCAGAUCCAGAGAAUUGGUGCAAAUGGUCAUAUGUUCAGUCCAUUGAUAAUCGAUGGAUUUGAUGAAACCGACUUUUCUAAACUUUCUCGUUUUCAUAUGCAUAUCACAGAAAAUGAUCAUACUGACUUUUGUUUGACAUCCGUUGGACCAAUGCAGCCGUCUAAUACAUCUACAAGUGUAUAUGAGGCUUUUUAUUACAAAUGAUGUAUACCUGAGAAGUGGACUGAGAAAAAUUGAUAACAAUUCAGAAAAAUUAAUGUGUAUCGAAAGAAUAUCAACUAAGCGAAUACGGUGAAUAAACGUCUACACAAUACAUUA